CAGUGACACGCUUCUAUUCUGGUCACUAUCAACCUGCUCUGCACGCAGAGCUGCUCCCGCACUCGCUUUACCCGCUAUUUCAGCUUGUUCGGUCCACAACAUGUUUCCUGAGUUUCGGCGCUCGCAAUCACGAACGGCCAGCUCGUCUUUCUUGCUGCUCGCCGCUGUACUCCUCCUGCUCUGCCAUCCUACUCAUGCCAUCAAGUUCGCUCUACAGGCGAGCCGUUUUCCUUCACCGAAGUGCAUUUGGAAUGCCGCCCAUCCUGGUGCCUUAGUCAUUGUGACCGCGAAUGUGGGACCGGGAGACCACCAGCGUGUCGAUAUCGAAAUCCUCGACUCAGGUCCGAACAGGAACGUGUACCUGAGCAAGAAGAACAUAUCUGGCGAGAAGCGGUUCGCGAUCACGGCACAUUCAGAAGAGGACGUGGGUGUUUGUUUCAAGAACUACUUGGACCCGGACAAGUCAGCGGGAGGUCCUGUCGAGGCAAAGCCACGGUCACGAGUAAUUGACCUAGACAUUGAUAUCGGUGCUGAUGCUGUGGACUACAAUGCUAUUGCUAAUCAAGAGUCUCUCUCCGGACUGGAGACCGAGAUGCGCAAAUUGGAGGGUAUAGUAAAAGAGAUCGUCGACGAGCUGGAUUAUCUCAAAACUCGAGAGGAGCGCUUUCAAUCGACAAAUAUGUCGACUCAAGCACGUGUGCAGAACUUUGCAUGGUUCACCAUAAUUUCUCUAGUUGGCCUGGGACUCUGGCAGAUAUUCCAUCUGCGGGCGUUCUUCAAGCGAAAGUACCUGAUUGAUUGACAUCACGGGCUGUGUAUCGACUACUCGCAUCUAUGUCACUGUACAUCCUAGCAGCGUUACUACCUUGCCGACUGCUGUUGCCUACCCCGGCUUAUCAUGUCCGGACCCAAGUAAGUUUCACCGAAAGUAGCAUUUCCGUUAUGUUCAUGGACUCGCGAAUACUUCAGCUGCGCG